ACACACACUCACAGACAAAAUACACAUGCCUGACCACGUAAAGUAUAAGUAGAGUCGACUCCAGUGUCCAGUGCAGACAGUUUUCGGAGACUACAGACAUGCUCAGAUUCCUUCUCUUCACUUCUCUCGCAGCCUUAGUGCUGGCUGAGCUGGAGCCUCAGCCCAGGUACUUGGAGGAUGACAGCGCUGAAGAGAGAGUAGUGGGAGGUGAAGUGGCGAGAGCGAACUCCUGGCCCUGGCAGAUUUCUCUUCAGUACAUGGGUAGUGGCAACAACUACUACCACACCUGUGGAGGAACCCUGAUCAGGAGGGGAUGGGUCAUGACCGCGGCCCACUGCGUUGACAGCCGCAGGACUUGGCGCGUUGUUGUCGGAGAGCACAACCUGAACUCCCAAGAGGGCAGAGAGCAGUACAUGGGUGUGAGCCAGGUCUACCUCCACCCCAGGUGGAACUCUGCUAGUGUUGCUGGAGGUUAUGACAUCGCACUUCUGCGCCUGUCCUCUGAAGUCACCCUGAACAACUACGUCCAGCUUGGUGCCCUCCCUCCUUCUGGUCAAGUCCUGUCCCACAACAACCCCUGCUACAUCACUGGAUGGGGACGCACCGCAACUGGAGGUCAGCUCUCCGCCCAGCUGAAGCAGGCCUACCUGCCUGUUGUUGACCACAGGACCUGCUCCAGCAGUGGAUGGUGGGGCUCCACCGUGAAGGACACCAUGGUCUGUGCUGGUGGUGGCAGUGAGUCUGGUUGCCAGGGUGACUCUGGUGGACCCCUGAACUGCAGCGUCGACGGCCGCUGGGUUGUCCAUGGUGUGACCAGCUUUGUGUCGUCCUACGGCUGCAAUUACCCCAAGAAGCCCACCGUUUUCACCCGUGCCUCCGCUUACAUCAGCUGGAUGAAUGGCAUCAUGGGUUGAGUAUAAAGACGAUCUACAUGGAGACCAGGGAUGAAUCAGAUUUGGCCUCCUUUCCUGUCCACCAGCAGAAUAAAAAUGUUUAUAACACAUA